GAGGCCACAGUGAAGGAAGGUCUGAUUUACAUGCAGCAGAAUAAAUUUAGGAAGAAAUGGAAGAGAGUUUGGCUUUUCCUCUACUCUCAAAGUAACCAGUCUGUAGCUCGCCUGGAGUACUUUGAGCUCAAAGAGGGCUCGUUUUUAUCUGAAAAGAACAUUACUAGAAGGAUGGACCGAAAGUUAAUCCGAAUAAGUGACUGUGUAAGAAUAUCUGAGGCGACAGAACACACUUCAAAGGAUUCAAGCGCCUUUUCGGUGGAGACUACCUCAAAACUGUAUACAUUUCUAACAGGAAAGUCGGACUGCACUGAAUGGAUGCAGAAGCUCUCUGAGAUUGCAUUUCAGCCUUCUCAUGAGGAUUCAAACCGAGUAGCAAUGAGAAUGAAAGAGAAUGAACUCUAUAGUUCACAUGAAGCAGUGACGGAAUAUAAAGUUUCAAUAAGAAGUACAGAUGCUUCAGAGAGAUGUGACCUCAAAGGAACGUAUCUUCUCAAGGCAGACAAAGAUGCACUGAUUUUAAAAAGUAUCAGCCCUGAGCAAGUAGUAUUUGAAUGGCCUUACAUGUAUCUACGGAGAUUUGGUGGUGACAAGGGAAUAUUUUCAAUUGAAUCUGGAAGGAGAUGUAAAUCUGGUCCAGGGAAGUUUGAGUUUGAAACCAACCAGGGCAAACAGAUUUUUACGUCUGUCAAUACUGCUGUAUCAAAUCAGAAGUCCAACAAUGAAGAACAAUGCAAUUCUGAUCCAUUAGAAAGCUACAAUUUACUUGCUGUGGACUCUGCUCUUCACAGAUCGUAUUCAGGUUGUGCACAGGAGCUUGCUGCAACAAAUAAAUCUCAGCUAGCCAAAAGAUUAUCUUCUGCGAUAUCAGAUAUUUCUGAAGGAAUGCAUAGCUUGUGUUGUGAUGCUUCCCCAGAUUAUCGGACACGUAGUCCCCUAAGCAAGUCACCAGUCAGGUUUCAGUAUAGCUUCCCAUCACCUCCUCUAUUGGCAUCACAUAGUGAAGGAACUGCUAAGUUAUCAGCAGACACACUAGAAAAUAGAUCUACACUAAAUUCAGAAACAAAUCCAGGAGGGAUUCACUUGACUCUUCCCUUGGAACUACCAAGUUGUAAUACAUCUAUACCAAGACAAGUAGGAAGGCAGCAAAGUAGUGUUACACCUCACAGAGGGAAUAUCCAACCAAACCAUAUCAAUGGUUCUUUCAUUAUGCUUCCCAGCAAAGUACGUUCAUCUAACAAUGAGAGUAGUUUUGUUGAAAAGAACAUUCCAUCUAUCAUAUCGACUGAGCAUUCUGACUCUCUUUAUGAUACUGUGUAUAGUGGACCAAAUAUGUCAAAUUCCAAAAAUGUACUUCACCAACAAACAUGUUGCAACAGAAAUGAACAUGUGUAUGAAGUUAAUGAUGAUUCAUCGCUUUACGAGGAAGCAAAAGAAUUGAGUGACGCAUGGAAAGUACAAGGUAGAUUGCAUGACUUUGGUUAUGAAUAUCCUUACAAUCCUUCUGCAGAUGACUAUGCUGUGCCGAAGCUGGCACUUCAGGAUCCACCUCUCAGACCAUCUAAAAAGUGUUCAUCUCCAAAGGGAAGAGUACAAAAAAGUGAUUAUGUCAAUGUUGAAUCAAUUCUUUGUAACAGGUAGAUAAGCAGUGACACCAAACCUGUCAUAUAAAUACAGUAUAAUUUCAAGCAUUAUGUUUUCUUCAUAGUUUCUAGGUCUGGAUUUUCAAGGCAAAAUUACAUCACAAAACUGGCUGCAACUUUGUGAUUUUUAUGUACAGUAUCUGUAGUUUGAAUAGAUUUAGCUUCUCUCUAAGACAAUGGCCUUUGCAAUCAUCUCCAAUCAAAUCAAUGGAAAACAACUGAAUUCAUGUGAAUGGAAAAACAUUUCAGAAUAGUCUGACAUUUUAUUGCAUUUGUUCUAAGUUAUCAAUUGUGGGUUAUACCAGAAUUUUUUAAAUCCUUAUAGUCUGCAAAAUCAA